AAGUGUUUAGCUUUGAUAUGUCUUCGAGUUCUCCUCCAGCUACUGGUCGUAUAUACAGACAAGUGGAUGAACAGCAAGUUAUUCUUCGUUUGCCACCUGCACUAGCAUCCCGUGUACAACUGCAACUCGACGAUAAACUUGCCAGUGGUCAGCAAGUACUUGAACUUCCUUACCAAAUAGAAUUUAUAGACAACCGUCACGCACUUUUUCGAUAUGAUGGCAAAACAUAUGCUGCAGUAUUGUUAGACCUUCCUUGUGUAGUGGAAAGCUCGACACUUGGUGAAACAAAGAAACUUUACAAGAAUCUUGACGUUCAUCAAGUAUUACAAGUGGAGUCAACACCCAUAGAAGAAGCAGUUGAAAAAACUGAAACUGACUUUUGUUUGGAAGACGGUAUUACUCAUGUAACAAAAGGCGCCAAGACAAGGUUUCGCAAGGAUCUCCCAGAGUAUAGUGCAGAAAGAGUGUCUUAUGUGGAAGGAUUGAUGAAAAAUGUCUUUGAAUUGAAGUAUAAUUUGGUCAAAGGAGAAUCAGCAAAGAAGACAGACGCGUUGAUGGAAUUUUUGGAAGAGGAAGAGUGGGAAGACGCUACCAAGGAACCGACGACGGGUUCUUUGGAACAAGAGGAAAGCCAAUCUUUUCAACAUAGUCCUGAAGGGAAGGUAAAUACGGAAGAUAGUCCAAUGAAAAUGACACAAACUGAAGACGUGCCAGUCAACAGCGUGUUUGAACAGGAGUUGUCUGCUAAAGCUUUUGAAAAUGUUGAAGCAGCAAAAGUGUCUUCGGUUAAUGUAUCGGAGGAGAGAAUCAAGUCAGAACCUUUGUUAGAAGCACCACAAGAUAAUAUGAACAGUCCAACUCCACCCCAACUAGAACAACAAAAAGUAUUGGAAGCACAACGAAAGGCCGAACGCUUCAAACUCGAAAAGUCUAUGGAGGCGCAACAAUCGAAGAUAAGACAAAUGGAGGAAAAGAUAAGGGACGUUUCUAAUCGUGCUUUGAAACAACGUAUGCAACAACAUUUAGAUGACAUGAAUCAAGAACUUGCUCGACUUCGAGAGGCACUUGAGAAACAUGACAAAGAAUCCCAUAUGUAGAAGUGUUUCUCAACUUGAAAUGUCCCAAUGGCUAUAGAAGUUUGGAAAUGAUUUCAGUGCAUUUGGUUUAAUCGCCAGAAGAAAAUACCAUCAUUUUAGCAGUCAUCCUUCGAUGUGUUUAUUUUCAUACUGCUUUUUGAUUUGUAUGAAAUUGAAUAAAAUUUAAUUGAAGAAU